UUCGACACGACUUCCAAAAUGGCGGCGAAGCACCUCGCGGACGCGAUGGGAGCGGGAAAAACCGGGAAUGGAUGAUGACGCGCCGCGUGGACGGCCCCGAUUAUAAGGCCCGGAACCCGCGAAUCGCGAGGGCACCUCGUUUCUCUCCAGUCCCGCAGAAAAUACGAGACUUCGUGACGUCAGGGUAUUUUUCGCCCGUACUCCGCGCAACGUGGACGCGAAACGGGAUCUUCCAAGAUGGCGGCGACUCGGCGGUCCCAGAUGGCGAAUUUGGCAGGUCGCAGUGGCGGCUCACCAGACGAGAAACAUGGCAUCGCGCAUCGCAGCCUCCGCCACAGUUCGCGCCGCCAAAGGGCGGAAAAUCCUCUCGACCCGCGCUGCCCUUGUCCUCACUCCUAAUGCUGUAAAGAAGAUCAAGGAAAUUCUGAACGAACAAACAGAAUAUAUAGGACUUAAGGUUGGCGUUAGACAAAGAGGCUGUAAUGGCUUAAGUUACACAUUAGACUAUGCAAAGGAAAAGAGCAAAUUAGAUGAAGAAGUGGUGCAAGAUGGUGUUCGGGUGAUCAUAGACAAGAAAGCUCAGCUUUCUCUACUAGGUACUGAAAUGGAUUAUAUAGAGGGAAAACUUAGUUCAGAAUUUGUAUUCAAUAAUCCAAAUAUCAAGGGGACAUGUGGUUGUGGAGAAAGUUUCACUGUAUAACUAGUUUCUAAAUUAAUAUAAUUUAGGCUGAAAUUAGUAUAAUUUAAACAUAGCGUGCAAAAUUUGUUUUUGUUAUACCAAUUGUUGAGUUGAAAUAUUUGCGUAACAAAGAAUUACUUAACUGCUGCAACAUUAUACUUAUUUAAAAAAUGUUGUGAAAUUGAUAGUUUUCUAAUAGACAUUACAUGUGUUUAUACAUUAUCAAAAUCCGCAUGUAUACUUAAAACAAUUAAAGUAGCCUCCACCAGUUUGACAACGUGGAGACUUUGCUCUGUUGUAAAUAUUUCAUUUCUUAUAAAUGCAGGCUAUUUUUUAUGGUGCCUAAAAUAUAAUGUCCUUUACAAUUUUAUCUUGUUUAAUGUCUAACGUGUUACAUGCAACUGCGUAACAAAUUAAAUUUAUUCAGUACGAUGUGUUCAUAGAUAAUCUGAAAUGUACAUUGACCUAUUUGUUCUAUAGUAUGUUAUGUAGUUCCUAUACAUUGAUUCUACAACUCUCACUUGAACCAAUGUUAAAUGAAUCUCUGGUUCAUUUUCAUGGCACGGUUACAUGACAACUAACGUCACAUGUACAAACUAGUGUAAUAGAUUUAUAUGUAUAAUACAAAUAUUUAUUCUAUUUCAAA